GGGGCCGGUGCAGACGGGUGGGAGCUGCCGGUGGCCGAGGUGUGGGGCCGGGCCUGCAGGGCCUGACGCUGCUACUAGCGUUUUGCAACAGCUUUAGACUUCCUUUUGUUGAUGCUUGUUAGCCUGAGUGACAGGAUGCUGUCCACUCCGUUCGACAACUUCGCAUAUAACUUGUGAUUUACUCCAGUACAGGGGUAGCACGUGGAUCCAGACAGUAACCAUUCUACUGAGGUCUGGCAAUUAUUUCUAAUUUGAAGAAAAAGUGAAAUUGUUGCAGAACUACAGUAAAUUAGAAGAAAUGCCAAACUGUGAUAUGUGAAGUGACCACCUUAAAUAGAGGAGUUAGUGCAGGAGUUGGCACCACUGUGCUCAUGGAGUUGCAAAAUUCAGAUUGAGGAACUAAUACAGUAAUUCUUUCAAGUUCUCCUUUUCAAGCCUGGCUCGUACAUCUGGUUCAAAAUGAGUACAAUGUUGGAAACCCCUGAGCUGCCGGCAGUGUUUGAUGGGGUGAAGCUAGCUGCAGUUGCUGCUGUUCUUUAUGUUAUUGUUCGCUGCUUGAAUUUAAAAAGCCCAACUGCCCCCCCUGAACUCAUUUACCAGGACUCUGCUUUGGCCCGCUUUCUACUUAAAUCCUGCCCGCUUCUGACCAAAGAGUACAUUCCACCCCUGAUCUGGGGGAAGAGUGGACAUAUCCAGACUGCCCUUUAUGGAAAAAUGGGGAGAGUGAGAUCGCCACAUCCGUACGGACUUCGCAAGUACCUCACGAUGCCAGAUGGAGCAACAGCCACCUUUGAUCUCUUCGAGCCGCGGUCCGAGCACUGCAUCGGAGAGGAUGUCACGAUGGUAAUCUGCCCUGGGAUUGCUAACCACAGUGAAAAGCAGUAUAUCCGCACUUUUGUUGACUAUGCGCAGAAAAAUGGGUACAGGUGUGCUGUGCUGAAUCACUUGGGAGCCUUACCAAAUAUUGAGCUCACUUCUCCACGAAUGUUCACGUACGGUUGCACCUGGGAAUUCGGUGCCAUGGUUAAUUACAUCAAGAAGACCUACCCUCAGACCCAACUGGUUGUCGUGGGCUUCAGCCUGGGUGGAAAUAUUGUGUGCAAAUACUUGGGAGAGAACCAGGCCAACCAGGAGCGUGUCCUGUGCUGCGUGAGCGUGUGCCAGGGGUACAGUGCACUGAGGGCACAGGAAACCUUCAUGCAGUGGGAUCAUUGUAGAAGAUUUUAUAACUUCCUCAUGGCAGACAACAUGAAGAAGAUCAUCCUUUCUCACAGGCAAGUUCUUUUUGGAGAUAACAUGAAGAAGCCACAAAACCUGUCAGAUGCUGACCUGAGCAAACUCUAUACAGCAACGUCCCUUAUGCAGAUUGAUGAUAAUGUUAUGAGGAAGUUCCAUGGCUAUAAUUCCCUGAAGGAAUACUAUGAAGAAGAAAGCUGCCUGCAUUACUUGCACAGGAUCUAUGUUCCUCUUCUCCUGGUUAAUGCUGCUGAUGACCCUCUUGUGCAUGAGAGUCUUCUGUCAAUUCCAAGAGCUCUUUCAGAGAAGAGGGAAAAUGUCAUGCAUGUGCUGCCGCUUCAUGGAGGCCACCUGGGAUUUUUUGAGGGGUCUGUACUAUUCCCAGAACCUCUUACCUGGAUGGAUAAGCUGGUGGUACAGUACGCCAACGCCAUCUGCCAGUGGGAGAAGACAAAGUCUCAGUGCUCGGACACAGAGCAGGCUGUAUCUGGCCAGGAGUAAUUGACCCAAAGACUCUGGAUCAUUUCAAUAUAUCUCCCCCUUUGGGAACAUCUUGUUCUCUCACCUGCUGCUUCAGGUUUCCAUUCUCCUUGAUAUUCUAUGGCUGGGUUUUGAUCACAAUAUCUUCUUCCAAAGUUGGAAUUAAAGCAGAGGUUAAUAUCUGGUUGGAGCAA